AUGGGACCUGUCACCUGACUGGACUGAAACAUGGCUGCGCUGGGGGCACUGUGGCUGUGGGCACCGGGAGCAGGUGGUGAUCCACGAAGGAGAAAAUUGACCAUGUGUUCUGCGUAAUUCAUCCCUUUCUGUCUCCCUGCACUCCGUGCUGGGAAAAUGCAUCAUCCAUUUGGAACAGAGGAAACCGCUUCCCAGAAGGAGCUUUUUGGAUUUUUCUGUGAGUGCCUUCGGAGAGGAGAGUGGGAGCUGGCACAGGCAUGUGUACCUCAGCUACACGAGGCACAAGGGGAUGUCCCCAAGAAGGUGGAGGAUAUUCUACAGGCGCUGGUGGUGUGUCCACAUCAGCUGAGAUGUGGACAGGACAUCAACCCUCAAAGAUUAGCCUGGGUCUGGCUUCUUGUACUGGAAAAAUGGUUUGCCCAAGAAAAAAAGUUGCUCCCAGCUGUUUUCCGGAGAAAGCUGGAAUUUCUUUUAUUAUCGGAAGACCUUCAAGGUAACAUUCCAGAGGACAUCCUCAAGGAGCUGUAUGAGGCUUUAUCACAAGACACCGCAGACCCCGUGCUUGAUGAAAAUCGAAGGCCGGAAAGCUGGACCCUUCGGCUCAGCUCAGAAGCUGUCUCUGUGCUCUUGGGUCUUCUGAGCCAGGCUCCCCAGCCAGCUCAGGCCCUGCUGGAGCUUCUGCUUAGGGAAGACGAUGGCACCGGCCCUGGUGGCUGGCCUCUGCAGAAGGCACUGGUGGACCUCAUUCGAAAGGCACUGCGAGCUUUGCAGGACCCUGCCCCUGGGUCCCUGGGGGACGUGGAGGCCAUCUACGGAGCCCUGCGGACUCUGCGUUGCCCUGCAGAGCCGCUGGGGGCUGAGCUGCGUCUCCUGUGUGAGGAACUACUGGAGGCCUGCAGGACGGAGGGGAGUCCCCUGCAGGAGGAGCGGCUGCUCAGCUGCCUGCUGCACAAGGCCGGACGGGGCCUGCUCUCCCUGUACGGCCAGGCCUAUGCAGAGAAGGCCGCUGUGAAGCCACUGAAGGCCUCAUCGUCGGGAGAAGUCUCACCGGAUCAUCUGGAUCCCGAGCGGGCAAUGCUAGCCUUGUUCUCCAAUCCCGACUCAGCCGAGGCUUGGAAACUGGCCUAUUUCUACUGCCUGAGCAACAGCAAGCACUUCCUCGAGCAGAUCCUGGUGACAGCCCUGACACUGCUGAAAGAGGAAGACUUCCCAAGUCUUGGCUGCCUACUGGAUAGAGAAUUCAGGCCUCUCAGUCGACUGCUUGUGCUCCUGGGCUGGACACACUGCCAGAGCCUAGCAUCAGCCAAGAGGUUGCUGCAGACCCUGCAUAGGACCCAGGACCAAGGUGGUGAUAAGCUCCUCAGGGAUGCCUGUGAUGGGCUGUGGGCUCACCUGGAGGUCCUGGAGUGGUGUGUACAGCAGAGCAGCAGCCCCAUACCAAAGAGGGAUCUCUUGUGUCAUUUACACGGUGGAGACAGCCACUCAGUGCUCUACUCUCUCCAUCACCUCACAAACCUUCCAGCCCUCAGGGAGGAAGAAGUUCUCAAGCUCUUACAGAAGGUGCCAGCCAAAGAGCCCCAGCAAGAGCACGAUUCAGCUGGUGCUCCGGGCCCUGAGCACCUGAGCCAGUGCCAGAACCUGACACUCUACCGGAGCUUCUGUGCCAUGAAGUAUGCCAUCUAUGCCCUCUGUGUGAACUCACACCAGCACACCCAGUGCCAGGAAUGCAAAGACAGUCUCCCAGAGGACCUGGCUGUGGCUACAGAGCCAGUGAAUGAUUCUGUCUCCUCCUCAGGUGCUUCACAUCUCUUCUCAACAUACCUGGCCAGGUGUCAGCAGUAUCUGUGCCGUGUUCCUGACUCUUUGCGCCUGGAACUUCUAGAAAACAUCUUCUCAUUGCUCCUCAUCACCUCUGCCGAUCUUCACCCAGAGCCUCACCUGCCCGAGGACUAUGCUGAGGAGGAUGACAUUGAGGGGAAGGACCCGUUAGGUUUGAGGUCCCCACCAGAGAGCCCUCAGCACAUAGCACAGCCUGAAAGGAAGUCAGAACGGGGUUCCCUAGGAGUCCCCAGGAGCCUUGCUGAUACACUUCCAAGCUGUCUGAAGACAGAGCCGAAAGACAGUUCCCCAGAGCCUCACGGGCACAGCUUUUUGGACCUCGAGCACCUUACCAGUGGUGUCAGCGGGUUCCUGGCUGAUGAGUUUGCAAUGGGGGCCUUCCUCAGGCUCCUCCAGGACCAGCUGGAGGAGCUCAGCAGCCACAGUCCACCUGAGGACCCAGCGCUGCCGGAAGGCCAGAACUGCCCGGAGAGCAGACAGGGACCGCAGAGCCGCCUGCACCGGUUUUCCAAGGUUCUCUCUGAGGCCCAGUGGAGAUACAAGGUGGUAACAAGCAACCAGAGCUCAGAGGAGCAACCUUUCCGAAGAUACCGGCCCAUCGCCACACGGCACCCUAGUCUCCGCCGGGGUCGUCGGACACGAAGGAGCCGGGCAGAUGGCCGGGACAGAGGUUCCAAUCCAUCCCUGGAAAGUACAAGUAGUGAGCUGAGCACAAGUACUUCAGAGGGAAGCCUGAACAUCGUGUCUGGAAGGAAUGAGUUGGAUGGCCUGUUGCAGCCCCAAACUCAAAGUUCAUUCAUCCCCAUGAUGUUCUCCCCACCUGAGUCGCUGCUGGCAUCCUGCAUCCUCCGGGGGAACUUUGCAGAAGCCCAUCAGGUGGUGUUCAUGUUCGACCUGAAGUCCUCGCCCAGCUCAGGGGAACUGAUGUUCGUGGAGCGCUACCAGGAGGUGAUCCAGGAGCUGGCCCGUGUCGAGCACAAGAUUGAGAACCAGAACUCAGACGGGGGUAGCAGCACCAUUCGAAGAACUGGCAGUGGCCGCUCAACUCUACAGGCCAUUGGCAGCGCUGCGGCAGCAGGGAUGGUAUUUUAUUCCAUCUCAGACGUGACUGACAAGCUGCUCAGCUCCUCUGGAGACCCCAUCCCCACGCUCCAGGAGGACUUCUGGAUAAGCAGCACCCUGCUGGAGCCCACUGACCCCCUCAGAGAGGUUCUGGAAGAGCUCAGUCCCCCCGCCAUGGCUGCGUUCGACCUCGCUUGCUCUCAGUGCCAGCUCUGGAAAACCUGCAAGCAGCUCUUGGAAACGGCUGAGCGACGUCUGAACAGCAGCCUUGAGAGCCGGGGUCGGCAGCUAGACCAUGUCCUCCUCAGUGCUGAUGGCAUUCGAGGUUUUCCAGUUGUUCUUCAGCAAAUCAGUAAGAUUCUCAACUAUUCACUUAUAUCAGCCGGACAAACUAAAUCAGAGAGUGUAGAAGAAAAAGGAGGAGGCCUUGCACGGUGCAGCAUUGCUGAGCUGCUUCAGACGUGCUGGCCCAGCCUAACUGAGGACUGCGCCGCCAGCCAUGCCGCCCUCUCCCAGCAGCUGGACCAGAUCCUUCAGUCGCUGAGGGAGGCACUGGAGCUGCCAGAGCCCAGGAGUUCUCCGCUCUCGUCCCUGGUGGAACAGGCGUCCCAGAAAACUCCGGAGGCAGAGGCCCACCCUGUGCACAUCCAGACUGAGCUCCUCCAGAAGACCCUGGGCAGACAGGCCCCCGUGGGCAGCGGGCAGACGGACUACAUGGGCACCUUCUCCAGUUACUGCAACACCUUGGCUGCAGUUCUUGUUCAGAGUUUGCGCUCUGAGCCUGAUCACGUGGAGGUCAGAGUUGGAAAUCCCUUUGUUCUCCUGCAACAAAGCUCUUCCCAGCUGGUGUCACACCUCCUGCUUGAGCGACAAGUUCCACCAGACAGGCUUGCAGCCCUUCUGGCCCGAGAGGGACUCAGUCUGAGUGUGCCUCAGGUCAUCGUCAACUGCUGCUGUGAGCCCCUUGCCCUUUGCCCUUCCCUGCAGAGCCAACAGAUGUCAUCUCUCCUGACCCACCUGGGCAUCCUGGCCCAGCUGCACACCUCCCACUGCCUGGAGGACCUCCCCCUUUCUGCAAAGAGCUCCCCAAAGCCAAUUGAGAACCCCACAUCAGAGAAAAAGCCCAGCUCCUCCUCAAAGGAUUCAUCACCCUCAGCCCUCACCUCCUCUGCCUUGGCCUUCCUUAAAUCCCGCUCUAAGCUGCUGGCUACAGUGGCCUGUCUGGGGGCUUCCCGGGGAUCAAAGGUCACCAAGCCCAGCUUGUCAUGGAAGGAGCUUCGUGGCCGCAGGGAGGUACCUCUCACCGCAGAACAGGUAGCCCGGGAGUGUGUUCGCCUUCUGGAACAGUUCCCUAUGCUGGAGGCCUCGCUCCUGGCCGCCUGGGAGCCCCUCCGAGGGUCCUCCAAGCAGGAGCAGAGUCUGGCAGCGAGUCUCUGUGGCCAGGCUAGUCUCUCUACCGUCCUCCUGGGCCUGCAUUCUCCUGUUGCCCUGGAUGUGCUCACUGAGGCCUUCAAGGAAGCCCUGGUGGCCAGAGAUUGGCCCCGGGCCCUUCAGCUCACUGAAGUGUAUGGUCGAGACAUGGACGACUUGAGCAGCAUACGGGAUGCAGUCCUGAGCUGUGCUGUGGCAAGUGACCAAGAAGGUUGGCAGUACCUGUUUCCUGUGAAGGAUGCAUCCCUGAGAAGUCAGCUAACCCUAAAGUUUGUGGACAGGUGGCCCCUGGAGUCGUGCCUGGAGAUCCUGGCCUACUGCAUUUCAGACACAACUGUCCAAGCUGAACUAAGGUGUGAACUACAGAGAAAGCUGGCGGAGCUGCAGAUGUAUCAGAAGAUUCUAGGUUUGCAGGCUACCCCAGAGUGGUGUGACUGGCAGACCCUGAGAAACUGUUGUGUUGACGACCCAUCAACUGUCAUGAAUGUGAUUCUAGAAGCAAAGGAGUAUGGACUGUGUGAGGAGUGGGGCUGCCUGUACCCCAUUCCAAGAGAACACUUAAUCAGCCUACAUCAAAAGCAUCUUCUUUAUCUUCUAGAAGGAGGAGAUCAUGAAAAGGCUCUGCAGCUUCUGCGAAGAAUUCCUGACCCUUCCAUGUGCCUUGAGGUCACAGAGCAAUCCCUUGACCAACACCCUAGCUUGGCCACAUCUCACUUCUUGGCCAACUACCUCACCACCCACUUCUAUGGAAAACUGACUGCUGUUCGACACCGUGAAAUCCAGGCACUGUACAUGGGAUCCAAGGUUCUGCUGACCCUGCCUGAGCAGCACCGGGCCAGCUAUUCCCACUUGUCCUCUAAGCCUCUGCUCAUGCUAGAGCAACUGCUCAUGAACAUGAAAGUAGACUGGGCCACCGUGGCUGUGCAGACUCUGCACCCGCUGCUAGCAAGGCAGGAGAUCGGCUUCACCAUGGACGAGGUUGACUCACUGCUCUCCAGAUAUGCGGGGAAAGCCCUGGACUUCCCAUACUCUCUGAGGGAGAAACAAUCAGAUUCUGAGAUUCACCUCCAGGAAAGUGUGGGUCAGGCUUCAGACCUCGAGACCUUGACUAGGUCACCAUCAGCAGAGUUCUCUUCCGCUACUACUCCUGGUCAGGGUGUCUCCAUUGUACGUUCCCCCAGUCCGAAGGAGAGGAGUGUCCCACAGAGCCAGCCCCCUCUGGAGUUUGUGCCCCCAGCGACGCCCCCGGGCAGGCACCAGUGGGUACCGGAUGAGAGCGAGAGCCUCUGCAUGGUCUGCUGCAGGGAGCACUUCACCAUGUUUAACAGACGUCAUCAUUGUCGCCGCUGCGGCCGGCUAGUGUGCAGUUCCUGCUCCACUAAGAAAAUGGUUGUGGAAGGCUGCAGGGAGAACCCUACUCGCGUGUGUGACCAGUGCUACCGUUACUACAACAAAGAUGGGCCAGAGGAGAAUCCAGGACAACCAGAAGCCCCGGACAGCGCCAAGAAUGAAAGCCCACCAUACUCAGCUGUGGUCAGAGUCCCCAAAGCACCUGAGGUAGAAUGGAUUUUGGACUUGAAUGAGGAGGAAAAUGAGCUGGUGCGGAAUGAAUUUUACUAUGAACAGGCCCCCAGCGCCUCCUUGUGCAUCGCCAUCCUGAAUCUGCACCGGGACAGCGUUGCCUGUGGCCACCAGCUGAUUGAGCACUGCUGCAGGCUGUCCCAGGGCCUCGCCAACCCAGAGGUGGACGCAGGGCUGCUCGCAGACAUCAUGAAGCAGCUGCUCUUCAGCGCCAAGGUGAUGUUUGUCAAGGCCGGCCGCAGCCAGGACCUGGCUCUUUGUGACAGCUACAUCAGCAAGGUAGACGUACUGAAUAUUUUAGUUGCUGCUGCCUAUCGCCAUGUCCCAUCUCUGGAUCAGAUCUUGCAGCCAGCUGCAGUAACCAGGCUAAGGAACCAGCUUUUGGAAGCUGAGUACUACCAACUAGGCGUUGAGGUCUCCACAAAGACUGGACUGGAUCCCACUGGGGCGUGGCAUGCUUGGGGAAUGGCCUGCCUCAAAGCUGGGAACCUCACUGCCGCACGGGAGAAGUUCAGUCGCUGUCUGAAGCCCCCUUUUGACCUCAAUCAGCUGAGUCAUGGCUCAAGACUGGUACAGGAUGUGGUUGAGUACUUGGAGUCCACAGUGAGGCCACUCCUAUCCUUGCAAGAUGAUGAUUACUUGGCCACCUUGAAAGAACUGGAAGCUACCCUUCGGACCCAGAGCCUCUCUCUGGAGGUGAUCCCUGAAGGGAAGAUCAUGAACAACACCUACUACCAAGAGUGCCUCUUUUACCUGCAUAACUAUAGCACCAACCUGGCCAUCAUCAGCUUCUACGUGAGGCACAGCUGUCUGCGGGAAGCCCUGCUGCACCUGCUCAACAAGGAGAGUCCUCCAGAAGUCUUCAUAGAAGGCAUUUUCCAGCCAAGCUAUAAAAGUGGAAAGCUACACGUUUUGGAAAACUUGCUAGAAUCCAUUGAUCCAACCUUGGAGUGCUGGGGAGAGUACUUGCUUGCCGCCUGCCAGCAUCUGCAGAAGAAGAACUACUACCACAUUCUGUACGAGCUGCAGCAGUUUAUGAAGGACCAAGUCCGGGCUGCCAUGACCUGUAUUCGGUUCUUCAGUCACAAAGCGAAGACAUACACGGAACUGGGAGAGAAGCUCUCGUGGCUGCUUAAGGCCAAGGACCACCUGAAGAUCUACCUCCAAGAAACCUCCCGCAGCUCUAAAAGGAAGAAGACCAACUUCUUCCGAAAGAAGAUGACUGCAGCUGAUGUGUCCAGGCACAUGAACACCCUCCAGCUGCAGAUGGAAGUGACCAGGUUUUUACACCGGUGUGAAAGUGCCGGGACCUCUCAGAUCACCACCUUGCCUCUGCCAACCCUGUUUGGAAAUAACCACAUGAAAAUGGAUGUUGCCUGUAAGGUCAUGCUAGGAGGGAAAAAUGUCGAAGAUGGUUUUGGAAUGGCAUUCCGUGUUCUGCAGGACUUCCAGCUGGAUGCUGCCGCAACCUACUGCCGAGCUGCCCGGCAGUUGGUGGAGAGGGAGAAAUACAGUGAGAUCCGACAGCUGCUCAAAUGUGUCUCCGAGUCAGGCAUGGCAGCCAAGAGUGACGGGGACACCAUCCUCCUCAACUGCUUGGAAGCCUUCAAGAGAAUUCCACCCCAGGAGCUGGAGGGCCUGAUCCAGGCAAUACACCACGACGACAACAAGGUCCAGGCCUACCUGACAUGUUGCAAGUUGCGCUCUGCCUAUCUGAUUGCCGUGAAGCAGGAACACUCACGGGCCACAGCCCUCGUCCAGCAGGUGCAGCAGGCCGCCAAGAGCAGUGGGGACGCUGUCGUGCAAGACAUCUGCACCCAGUGGCUACUGACAAGCCAGGCCCGGGGUGCUCUUGGCUCCGGCUCCCGGAAGUGACCAUGGGCAGUGGGCCCUGAGGACUGGGACAGGAGUGAUCGGGAUGCUCUCCACCUCUUUCCUCCUGUACAGAGAGACUUCUCUGGCUCUGCCCAGGUUGGAAGAGCUGGAUUGGACCCUCCUUGCCAUCUUGGGCAAAGACCGGGCCUUUCACACAAGUGCCAGGCUUCUCUAAGAUUGUGGACGCCGCUUGUCUGGAGAUGGCCAGUCUUCCUACCUCAGAGUGAGUGCAUGGCAUGGAUGUUCCUGCACACUCAUGUUUACGCGCAAGCAUUUCUGAACAAAUGAAACUCUUCCCCUACUGAAAAGAGGCACUUUAUUUAGACUUCUGCCUGUCUGGAGACCUCCCCUGCGUUUUGGUUCUUAACCCGGGUCGUCCUGUUUGUGUACAGUCCCCUCUGUGGAGACAUGUCCUUCAGUAGC